CCCUUGGGUGUUGACGUACCACAGAUUCAUAUCUUCAAGGAGUCAAAAGAAACGCUCAUGACCUUUAUAGUGUUCAUUAACUCUUUUUGAUCACAUCACAGGGAAGCCAUAAAUACCAUCGUGCAACAAUGAAAGAGGAACAGAAUGCAGAGCCCCAACCAGACCAACAGGAAGUGAUUCCUGUGGGCCAUCUCAACUUGGCCUUCACACAAGAUGAGAAAUCCCAGAAUGAAAACCCAGAGAAUCUUCCAGAGGAGGACUCCAAAUCCAAAUCAAAGAACAAGAAGAAGAAGAAAAAAAAGUCUGAUAAGCCAAAAGAACCGAUAAAAACAGUCAGUCUUUUCCAGCUGUUUCGUUAUGCCACCUGUGCAGAGAUCUUCCUGAUGCUGAUUGCUCUUCUGUGUGCUGCUAUUCAUGGUGCUGCACUGCCCAUAAUGUGUAUUGUGUUUGGACAGAUGACUGACAGCUUUGUACUAAGUGGACAAAGUCUCAACUUUACAGGAAACUUCACCUUGAACUUCACACUGAAUCCCUCAGAGUGUGUUACAAUACCAGGAGUUGACAUUGAAGCAUCAAUGACAAGAAAUGCUUAUUACUUUGUUGCCAUUGGGGCUGGCGUCUUGCUCGUUGGAACAAUCCAAAUCACGCUAUUCGUACUGACAGCCACUAGACAGACCAAGAGGAUCAGAGACAAGUAUUUCCAUGCGAUCCUCCAUCAGCCGAUGGCAUGGUUCGACAUGCAUCCCAUUGGAGAACUUAACAUUAGACUCACAGAGGAUAUGAACACAGUCAGUGAUGGCCUGGGAGACAAGAUCAGUAUAUUUGUGCAGUUCUUCUGCAGAUUUAUUGCAGGUUUAAUUAUUGGAUUUAUUUUCGGCUGGAAGUUGACCCUGGUCAUUUUGGCAGUGAGUCCACUGCUGGCAGGUUCAGCUGCAGCAUGGUCUAAAAUUCUUGCCACUCUUACCAGUAAAGAGCUGUCAGCCUACGCUAAAGCAGGAGCUGUGGCUGAGGAGAUACUUGUGGCCAUUAGGACAGUUGUUGCAUUCAAUGGCCAAAAGAAAGCUCUGCAAAAGUAUGAAAUGAACUUGGUAGAGGCAAAGAACUUUGGAGUGAAGAAAGCUAUUACCACAAAUGUGUCAUUGGGGCUAACACAGUUCAUCAUAUUAGGAACUUAUGCUCUGGCGUUUUGGUAUGGCACAAAGCUCUCUGUGGAUGAACCAGAAAAUUACUCCAUUGGCAAAGUCCUCACUGUCUUUUUCUCAGUGAUGAUUGGUGCAUUCUCUCUGGGUCAGGGAGCUCCCAACUUGGAGAGUGUUGCUAAAGCCCGUGGUGCUGCAUAUCCCAUCUACAACACAAUCGAUAUGCCUCGUCCCAUUGACAGCAGUUCAAAGGAAGGCUACAAACCAGACAGUGUGAAAGGUGACAUUGAAUUCAAAAACAUUAAUUUCAGCUACCCUUCCAGAAAGAAUGUGAAGAUCCUGCAGGGAAUGAGCCUGAAAGUACCCCAUGGAAAGACAAUUGCUCUGGUGGGGGCCAGCGGUUGUGGGAAGAGCACUACGAUUCAACUUCUGCAACGGUUUUAUGAUCCAGAUCAAGGAGAAGUGACCUUGGAUGGUCGAGAUAUCCGCACUCUAAAUGUGCGUUGGCUGAGAGAAAACAUGGGCAUUGUGAGCCAGGAGCCUGUACUCUUUGGCACCACUAUUGCUGAGAACAUUCGCUAUGGUCGCGAGGAUGCCACUGAUGAGGACAUCGAACAGGCUGUGAGAGAGGCCAAUGCCUAUGAAUUCAUCUCCAGACUACCAGAGAAGCUGAACACCAUGGUGGGAGAGCGUGGGGCUCAACUGAGUGGUGGGCAGAAGCAAAGGAUUGCCAUUGCUCGUGCUUUGGUCAAAAACCCCAAAAUCCUCUUGCUGGAUGAAGCUACAUCAGCCCUGGACACACAGAGUGAAGCUAUUGUCCAGGCUGCUUUAGAUAAGGCAAGAGCAGGCCGUACCACCAUAGUGAUUGCUCACCGGCUGUCCACAAUCCGUUCUGCUGAUAUAAUUGCUGGUUUCAAAGAUGGUCAAGUGGUGGAGCACGGCACUCACAAGGAGCUCAUGAGCAAGAAAGGAGUCUACUACUCUCUUGUCACACAACAGUCACAUGGAAGUCCAGAAGAUUACAGUGAUGAUGAUGAUGAUGAUGAUGAUGAUGAUGAUGAGGGAGAAACAUAUGAGGAAUCAUCUGACAAUCCUGACGACCUGAUGGAAGUCACAAUAGAAAAUGGUGGAUUUGAGAGAAAUUCAAUAAGACGUAGCAUAAAUCUUCAAAGGAGAUCAUCAAAAAGGAAGUCAAAGCAGAAAAAGAAGUCAAAAAAGUCAAAAUCUAAGAAGGAGAAGAAGGAGAAAGAAAAGGUUACAGAUGUCCCUUUCACCAGGAUUCUGGCUCUGAACAAACCUGAGUGGCCCUACAUGAUGGUGGGUGUACUGGCCAGCUUUGUGGGAGGAGCUGUCUACCCUUGUGUGGCUAUCCUCUUUGCCAAAAUCAUUGGUGUAUUUGCUGAGACUGACACUGAAGUGAAGCGACAGAAGACUCUGAUGUUCUCUCUUCUGUUUCUCCUCCUUGGAGCCGUAUCAUUUCUCACUCAUUUCUUUCAGGGCUACAUGUUUGGCAAGUCUGGAGAAAUUUUAACCAUGAGGCUGAGGAGUCAGGUAUUUAAAGCCAUUUUGAGACAGGAGAUUGGCUGGUUUGAUGACCACAACAAUGCAGUGGGAGUUCUAACCACUAAAUUAGCAACAGAUGCGUCAUUGGUUAAAGGGGCAUCAGGAUCCAGACUGGGCUUGACCACUGCAACUAUUUGUUCCCUAGGCAUUGCUGUGAUCAUAGCCUUCAUUUUCUGCUGGCAACUUACCCUUCUUAUCCUUUCCUGUGUGCCAUUCCUCAUUGGGUCCCAUUUUAUCCAGAUGAGAGCUCUGGGAGGUCAUGCUUCCAAAGAUCAGAGUGCACUAGAGAUGUCUGGCAAGAUAUCCACAGAAGCUGUCGAAAACUUCAAGACUGUUGUUGCAUUAACAAAAGAAGAUGUCUUCUUCCGCAAGUUUAAUGACAGCCUCAGUAAACCAUAUCGGUCUGCCUUAUGUAAAGCACCCAUCUACGGACUCACCUUUGGACUUUCUCAAGCAAUUCCUUACAUGGUUAAUGCUGCAGUCUUCCGUUUUGGUUCCUGGCUGAUUGCACAUUGCUACACUGAAUAUGAGAAGGUUUUCCUGGUGUUUUCUGUUAUUGUCUUUGCUGCCAUGAGUAUCGGCCAGUCCUCAUCAUUUGCCCCAGACUUUGCCAAAGCUAAAGCUGCAACUGGGAGAAUCUUAGACUUACUUGCGAAAACACCUGAGAUUGACAUCUACAAUGAGGCAGGAGACAAACCAACAAACUUUAAGGGAGACAUAGAGUUCCGUGAUGUACACUUCUCGUACCCGUCACGUCCAAACAUAAAGAUUCUGCAAGGCCUAAAUGUAUCAGUGACUCCAGGACAGACGUUGGCACUGGUGGGAGGCAGUGGCUGUGGAAAAAGCACCUCAGUCCAGCUGUUGGAACGGUUCUACAACACUGCCAGUGGGCAUGUGUUGAUGGACGGGGUGGACACAAAGAGAUUGAACCUUGCUUGGCUGCGCUCUCAGCUGGGUCUGGUCUCUCAGGAACCCAUCCUGUUUGAUUGCACCAUUGCUGAGAACAUCCAGUAUGGAGACAACAGCCGUGUGGUCAGCCAGGCAGAGACUGAGGAGGCUGCUAAGAAGGCUAAUAUCCAUGACUUUAUUCUUGGCCUACCAGAGAAAUACAACACACGCGUGGGAAAUAAAGGCACUCAGCUGUCUGGUGGGCAGAAACAGAGGAUAGCAAUUGCUCGAGCUUUGGUCCGACAACCUAAAGUGCUGCUUCUGGAUGAAGCUACUUCAGCGUUGGACACAGAGAGUGAAAAGAUUGUGCAGAAAGCUCUGGAUGAUGCUCGACAGGGCCGCACGUGCAUCGUUAUCGCUCACAGACUGACCACUAUCCAGAAUGCUGACAUCAUUGCAGUCAUUCAGAAUGGCAAGGUGGUUGAGAAAGGCACACACAGCCAGCUAAUUGACAAACAAGGAGCAUACUAUGCCCUUGUAAAUGCCCAAGUCUCCCACUAACCUUCACUGUAUUUUCCUAAGCAUCUAUGUGUCAUGCAAAGUUACAGUCAGGUCCAUAAAUAUUGGGACAGUGACACAGUUUUGGUAAUUUUGCCUCUGUUCACCACCACAGUGGAUUUGAAAUGAAGCAGUCAAAAUGUGACUGAAGCGUAGACUUUCAGCUUAAUAUUGCAUUAACCGUUUAGGAAUUACAGCCAUUUUUUACAGAGUUCCUCCAUUUUCUCAGGCUCAAAAGUAAUGGGACAAACUAAUAUAAUCAUAAAUAUUAGGAUUAUUUUUAUUACUUGGAGGUAAAUCCUUUGCAGUCAAUGACUACCUGAAGUCUGGACCCCAUGGACAUCACGAAAUGCUGAGUUUCCUCCCUUGAGAUGAUUUGCCAGGUCUUUACUGCAGCCAUCUUCAGUUGCUGCUUGUUUGUGGGUCAUUCUGCCUUCAGAUUUGUCUUCAGUAAGUGAAAACCAGCUCAGUUGGGUUGAGGUCAGGUGACUGACUCGGCCAUUUAAGAACAUUUAAUUUCCAAGCUCUUGGGCUGCUUUCACAGUAUGUUUUGGGUUGUUAUCCAUCUGUACUGUGAAGCGCUGUCCUAUCAGUUUUGCAGCAUUUGACUGAAUCUGAGCAGAAAGUAUAGCUCUGUACACUUCAGAAUUCAUCCUGCUACUUCUAUCAACAGUCACAUUAUCAAUAAACCCCAGUGACCCAGUUCCAUUGGCAGCCAAACAUGCCCAUGCCUCCACAUGUUUGACGGAUGAUGUGGUAUGCUUUGGAUCAUGAGCCCUUCCUUUCCUUCUCCAUACUUUUCUCUUCCUAUCAUUCUGGUACAAGCUAAUCUUGCAUCAGAACUGGUCAGGCUUUUUUUAGAGGUUUUUUAGCAAAGUCUAAUCUGGCCUUUGUGUUCUUGAGUGUUACCAGCGGUUUGCAUCUUGAGGUAAACCGUCUGUAUUUACAUUCAUGAAGGUGGCUCUUGACUGUAGACUUUGACAAUGAUAGGCCUACCUCCUCCAGAGUGUUCCUGACUUGGCUAGAUGUUGUGAAGGGGUUGUUCUUCAAUAAGAAAAGAAUUCUGCAAUCAUCCACUUUAGUUGUUUUCUGUGGUCUCCCAGGCCUUUUGGUGUUGCUGAGCUCGCCAGUGCAUUCCUUCUUUUUAAGAAUGUACCAAAUUGUUGAUUUGGCCCUCCUAAAGUUUCUGCUAUCUCUCUGAUAGGUCUGUUUUGGUUUUUCAGCCUAAUGAUGGCCUCCUUCACUUGCAUCAACACCUCUUUGGACGGCAUAUUGAGAGUUCCCAUGAACAGCUACCAAAUGCAAAUUCAACACUUGGAAUCAGCUCCAGACCUUUUAUCUCCUUAAUUUAUCAUGAUAUAAGGAGGAAACAGGCCACAGCUGGCCAUGAAACUGCUUAUCAGUCAAUUGUCCCAUUACUUUUGAGCCUGUGAAAAUGGAGGAACUCUGUAAAAAAUGGCUGUAAUUCCUAAACGGUUAAUGCAAUAUUUUUGUUAAACCCCUUGAAUUAAAGCUGAAAGUCUACGCUUCAGUCACAUCUUGACUGCUUCAUUUCAAAUCCACUGUGGUGGUGUACAGAGGCAAAAUUACCAAAACUGUGUCACUGUCCCAAUAUUUAUGGACCUGACUGUAUAUGUAGCAGAAUCUUUCACACAGCUCUACGUAUAGAGUAUUAGUUAUAAUAAUAUGUACUAAUAUUUGUCUGACAAAAAUCAUUUUAUCCUAAUAGUACUGACAGUACUGACUACUACAGUGUAGCUGACAGAAGCUCACAAAUAUAAUGUAUUUUGUAGAACUAUAUGUGUACAACACUGAAGUUAUAGCUCAAUAUAUGGUCUUAAUGUAACAGUAUAAACAAAAUAUAUUUGGUUUACAUUUAACCAAAUUCUUUUGUUGAUUUAACUUUAGAAAUCAACAAAUAGUAUCUUAUUUCUAACAUAAUUGUACCACAGCUCUUUGCAGUGAAGAAGGCUUUAGUUUUAUAAAAUGUAUGACACACUACAUGGCCAAAGGUUUGUGAACACCUGACCAUCACACCCAUACUGUAUGUGGUUCUUCCUCAAACUGUUGCCAAAAAGUUGGAAGCACACAAUUGUCUAUAAUAUCUUUGUAUGCUGGAGCAUUAACAUUUUCCUUUACUGGAACUAAGGGGGCUAUCCCAAACCUGUUCCAGCAUGACAACGCCCCUAUGCACAAAGUUAGGUCCAUAAAUACAUGGUUUGCCAAGGUUGGAGCGGAAGAACUCAAGUGGCCUGCACGGAGCCCUGACCUCAAUCCCACUGAACACCUUUGGGAUGAACUGGAAUGUGACUGUGCCCUCAUCCAACGUCAGUCCCUGACCUCACUAAUACUCUUGGGGCAGAAAAUUCCACAGCCACAUUCCGAAAUUUAGUGGAAACCCUUCCCAAAAGAGUGGAGGCUGUUAUAGCAGCAAAGUAGGGACCAGUUUGGAAUGGGAUUUUCAACAAGCACAUACAGGUAUGAUAGUCAGGUGUCCACAUAUCUUUGGCCAUGUAGUGUAUUAAUUUAAUGAAAAUCUCUAACACAUGCUGAUUGUUUAUUCUGUACCCAUCUCUGUAUAUGUGUUCUUGGUAAAUCUGUAAAUGUGCAAAACUAUUUGGGACAUUUUAUGACAAUGAUUUUUUUAAUUUUGUUUUUGUAAAUAUGAUUGUACAGAGCAUUAAUAAUACUUUAAAGUGUAAAUAAACAGAACAAUACUUGUUAUAAUUUUUGUAAAAUGUUGCUUCAGACAGCCAUCUGGUUUUGUGAAAGACACUAGGACUUGGAAUUGGACUGACCUCUGUUUUACACCUUCACCUGCUGUGAGCUUGUAAAGUGGAAUGGGAUGCUCAACAAGCACAUAUGGGUGUGAUAGUCAGGCAUCCACAUACUUUUGGCCAUAUACACUCCUGGGCGCAAA